AUGUCGUAUUUAGAAGAAGUCCUGAGCUCAAUCAAUUAUUUCCCCAUUGAAUUAGCACGUUCUCUCGAUCUUAUCAGGCAGCUCGACUACAAAGCAGAAGAGCUCACCAAAGAGCUCCAAUACUUAACCACUGACUACUUUAACACCCUCACCAAAGAUGGCAAAACCAUGCUCGAAAACACGAAUCUUUUACAAAAAAUCCGCCAAAAACAAGAAGAAGUCUCUAAUUUAUCUGACGAAAAAAUCGCUAUAAGUAAACAAAUCCUAGACAUGGCCGACACAGAGUCUAGGAGGCUUGAAAAAGACUUAUUAACAUACAGCAGUGACGUGAAAUCUGAAGAAGGGUCCCCUUUAAAACGCCAAAAAUCAGAAAAAGACUCGACAGUAGCUGACGAAGAGUUUAGCGUGUAUUUAGAUGAGGAGUUCCAAAGCAAUAUAAGGCAUAAUUAUUGUUAUUGUAAUAAGCCGUGCUAUGGAGAAAUGGUAGCCUGCGAUGGGGGAAAUUGUAAAUAUGAAUGGUUUCAUUUUCAAUGUGCAGGACUGACGGCCAAGCCAAAUGGACAAUGGUAUUGUAAUGAAUGUAAGCCAAAAAGCAGUUAA